AUGGGGAAACUUUCGCAAUAUGCAAGAAAAAGAAUCAUUUCCUUACACUCAAGCGGAAUUAACCGGACCAAAAUACAAAAAGCCCUUGACCAAGAGGGCAUUAAAACCUCGAGAAGUGCGAUAAGUCUUUUCCUGUCGCGUUAUUCGAGGACAGACGACAUAGGCGACGCUCCACGCAGUGGUCGAAAUGCAAAAUUGGCACCAGAAGCCAUCGCGUACAUCGAGGAAAAAAUGCAAGAAAACGAUGAACUAACGUCUCGAGAGUUGAAGGAAAAAAUGGCAAAUGAAUGCGAUAUCCAAAUCUCUGAAGCAACUAUUCGCAGAGUAAGACGUAAACUCGGUUGGAAGGUGGAAAACGCCAGGUAUUGUCAACUUGUAUGCGAGCCAAAUAAAAUCAAAAGGAUGGCAUUCUGUCUCAAAGCAUUUACAGAGAAAGACAUGUUUAAAAAUGUUAUAUUUAUGGACGAGACAUCUGUGCAGAUGGAGCAGUAUGCAAGAGUGUGUUUCCAUAAAGAUGGAACUCAACCAAAACGAAAAGGCUGUCCUAAGCAUCCAUUAAAGGUAUGGUACAUGGCACUAUUUUAAAUUUUUUGUCAUCUAUUGUAAUUAUAGUAUAGAUAUACUUCCAUACCAUUUUAUGAACUCAACUAUAAACACAUUAAUAAUCAUUAUAAAUGCCACUCUUCGCUUGGCAAAGGAAAUUAAAUAAGGCACAUUGCCUAUAAUUAAAAUAACUUCCAAGAGCCAGCAAAAUCAUACAGUAUAUAGCAUAAGAACAGCCUGUAAUAUGUAAUGUCACUAAUGUGUAUACAUCUAGUUGAAGGACCUUGUAGAUGGAAAUUAUGAAGUGGAAAUUUAUAUACAUAAUGUGACCUAACCAGCAACAGUUGUGAAAAAUACAGCUACAGGUCCCUGGCAGGAAUCAAACCUGCGGCUCUGUGAUUCCGGUGCAGCGCUCCAAUCAACAAAAUCUUGAUAUAAAUGUACUAGCUAGCAUGCAUUGUAGUGAGUAACCUAGUUGUGUAAUACCCUGGCCUAUGUACUAUAUAUUCCCUCAAUUAAUAAACUAUUAAAAUUAAUGCUCUGUUUACAUGAGCCCAGGCUGACUGUCUACCCAGGUUCUCUAUAUACUAUUAGUUUUAAUUGCAUGUUUACUUAAUUUUUAGGUUCAUGUUUGGGCUGGAAUUUCCUGGCAAGGAGCAACACAAGUGUGUAUUUUUAGUGGAUGCAUGGAAAGUAUUGGCUAUCAAACAAUUUUAGAAAGGAAUUUGUUGCCAUUUGUCAGAAGGGUGUAUCCUGAUGGUCACCGCAUGUGGCAAGAUAAUGACCAAAACAAACAAAGAAAUAGAUGA